UUUUCGAUCAUGUUUGCACUCACUCUUGUUGGGAAUUCACUGAUUGUCUUGGUGGUGAUCUCUGAUCUUCAACUUCACAAGCCCAUGUACUGGUUCCUGUGUCAUCUCUCCAUCCUAGACAUGGCCUUUUCAGCAGUGGUGGUCCCUACAGUUAUUGCAGGAUUCAACCCUGGGGGGAAUAUGAUCUCUUUUUCUGGAUGUGUGACUCAAAUAUUUUUUUUCAACUUCCUGGGAUGUGCAGAAAGCCUUCUCUUCACCUUGAUGGCUUAUGACCGCUUCUUGGCCAUUUGUAAACCACUCCACUAUGGUACCAUCAUGAGCUGGAGACUCUGUCUCAUCCUCUCCUUGGGUACCAUAAUUGGUGGCUGCCUCAACUCUACAUUUCAAACAUCGCUCACCUUUCGCUUACCUUAUGGACAAAGAAACCGUAUUGACUAUGUCUUCUGUGACAUUCCUGCCAUAUUGAAGUUGGCUUGUGCUGAUACAAAACUUAAUGAGUUGAUGACCUUCAUUGAUAUUGGCCUUGUAGCAAUGACUUGCUUUCUCCUUAUCCUAGCAUCCUAUGUUUACAUCAUCAUGGCUAUUUUAAGAAUUAGUAGUAGUGAAGGACGGCGCCGAGCUUUCUCAACUUGCACUGCCCAUCUUACUGUGGUGGUCAUAUAUUAUCUGCCUGUGGUGUACCAUUAUGUAAGGCCAGCUUCUCAGGACUCCAUGGAUGGUGUGGUGAGCAUGUUCUACACCACAGUAACACCUUUGUUAAACCCAUUAAUAUAUACCCUUAGGAACAAAGAAAUGAAAGCUGCUCUGCUGAAACUCUGGAAUGGGAAACCAGAUUAG